AUUAACAUCCGGCGGCAUCAUCACCUCUGAGAACGUUUAGCUAGCUAGUUGUGGCUCGUAUUUUAUAUUUGUUCGUUUCACACAGCGACAAAAAUGCCAACACUGUGUUCAGCAUACAACUGCAAAAAUCGCGGUCCCAAAGCUGAUGUAGGAUUUUUUAGUUUCCCCAAAAAUGACCCUGAAAGACGCAAGCGAUGGAUUAUUAAUAUGAAGUGGAAAGACUGGAAUCCGCAACACCACCACCGUGUGUGCUCCAUUCACUUUGAAGACAAGUACAUUUGCCGGAUGGACAAACGUCAACGUCUCACGCCAGACGCAGUCCCGACCAUUUUUGACUUCCCAGAGAACUUUCAAAAGAAAAAGGCAUCCAUCCACCCACAGAGUAGAAGAGCCAGGAGUGAUGGGUUGCCAGAGAAGUAUACUGCUGCCCCUGCUGUUACAGUGGCCGAAAUGGUAACAACACCAAGCCCCACCAUCACAUCAGAGACAAGCAAGCUGGCUAAAGACAAUACUAAAGCUCCAGAAAAAGUUACCUCUUCAAGUUGGUAUAUCCAUGUAGAUGAAGAAAUCCAAAUGGCUGAAUCCCUCCCAGGUUUCUUCCACAGUGAUUACUGUCUACCACACAGUAUUCGCUGGGGAUUCAAAGAUGAUGUUGCCCCGAAGGUGGCAUGUGAGAACCUGGAGUUCCAACUUCCACCCCUCAAGCACAUAAUAGAGAUCACAGAGGCAUGGGAGUGGCUGGGUAUGGACAUUAGAGGGCCACUGCCCCUAACACCGAACGGACACCAGUACGUUCUGACCUUGACAGACUUCUACUCCAAAUGGGUGGAGGCCUUCCCCCUGAGAGGUUGUAGCUCUACUGAGGUAGCACAGCAUGUAGCUGAAGUCAUCUCUCACUUUGGCUUCCCUUUUGGUAUCCUUGUUCGACUGAAGAGGAAGUUUACCAGUAAGAUCAACCUUGCCUUAAACAGUCAUCUGAAGCUGAGGGGGUUCUCUCUCUUAUACCGUCAUCGGCAAGUUGGAUCACUGGAUCUGGCCACACAGACCCUGAUCAGCAGGAUGGUGUCUGAUCUUGUGAAGGACCAUCCAGACAACUGGGAUGUCUGCCUCCCUGCAAAGGUGUUCAGCCUGUGUUUUAAGGAGCACCCCAAGACCAAGCAGAGACCUUUCUCUCUGCUGUGCUGCAAAGGACCACAGCCGGUCACCACCCCCAGGGAUCUGUCUUUCAGUCCUGCAGAGCUCAGAGAGAGUUCCUUUGCAAUUCAGUCAAAUCAAGAGGGUGGGCAUGACACUGAUCCGCAAGACAUGGUUGGCAUUGAAUCUGGAAAGGAAACAGCUGGAAAGAGCACUGUUACAAGGGUCUCCUUUUUAAGGAGCAACACCGAGAGUAACAACAACACUGACGGUAACACAUAUGGUCCCCCCGGCGGUCACCCGGACAGUCACCCCGACGGUAGCACGGACGGUAACCCCGACGGUAGCACGGACGGUAACCCCGACGGUAGCACGGACGGUAACCCCGACAGUAACACGGACGGUAACCCCAACAACAACCGUAACACCAACAGUGAGCGAUCCUCUGAAGAACAUCAUGCCAUGGGAAACUGAAUAAUUGAUUGGAUGAGCGCUCUAUCGGGGGUGUAGUUUUUAUUUUAUAAUUUUCAUUAGAAACACUUGUGUUUUAUGGUUGUGUUUGGCUGGUGUACUGGGUCAUGAUUGUUACACAGGAGGAUGAUAGUAGGAGUUUAUGAACCAACUGGAUCAAUUCAAAACAUCAUGCAUAGCAGCAUAGAUGAUGGAAUAGUGAUAAGCUUAUCCUAAAAGCAAUUUCUUUAUUUUACUGUAAACUUUUUUUUUUUCUUCCAGUAAAUGAAUCCAAACAUG